AUGGCGACAGAAGUAAGCACGAAGGUCACAGAAGACCCUCCAACGUUUCAGCUUCGGGCAGAAACGUCUAUCAACUACGACAAGGAGAACUAUAAAUAUGAAAGCUACCUGCCACAUUUCGUACCCGGAACUCAGCCUCCAUUGGAAGAGUUCCACCAUGACGAUGUCGGUUUGAGGGCUGAUCCGACCAAGGAGAAUCUUUUAGGGGCAACUGGGGUCAGCUAUGAAGAGGUUACCCCAGCGGUCGGCACUGAAAUCCGUGGAAUCCAACUUAGUCAACUGAGCUUUGCCCAGCUUGAUGAACUGGCACUCUUCGCAGCUGAGCGUGGCGUGGUGAUUUUCCGAGACCAAGAUUUCGCAGAUAUUGGACCCGAAAAGCAGAAAGCCUACGGAAGACAUUUCGGUUCACUGCAUGUCCAUCAGAUGGGCGGUCAGAUCAAGGACUACCCAGAACUACUCCCUGUGUACCGCGACUUCACAGCAGGUGCUGUAGAUAACGAGAUCAAAGACAAUGUCACCAGCGUGAAGUGGCACAGCGACAUGAGCUAUGAGAUCAUACAGCAACGGGAUGGGUACGACAACGUUCUUGCCUCUGAGCACUCCGGCAUCUGGAGGGGAUACUCUUUACCUCUCCACCACAGCAGCCUACUACGCUCUCUCAGAAACUUAUCGUACGUUACUUCACAGCUUGAAGGCUGUUCACUCCGGCUUCUCUCAAGCUUCGGUGAACGACCCCGCGACCGAUACAUCCGGGAACCCAUUGAAACCAUCCAUCCAGUCGUGAGAACCCAUCCCGUCACUAAGCAGUUUUCUCUCUACGUCAAUCGGCUGUACACAAAACGAAUUGUCGGUAUGAAGCAGGAAGAGAGUGCCGCCUUACUAGGAUUCUUGUUUGACCAUAUCGAAAGAGGUCAGGACUGGCACCUGCGGGUUCAUUGGAGGCCGGGCACGGUGGUGGUCUACGACAACAGGAACACUCAGCACUCUGCGCUGCGAGACUUCAGGGUCGAAGAGGGGACAACUAGGCGGCAUAUGUUGAGGAUCACGCCGCAAGCGGAGAGGCCGUACUUUGAUCAAUUCAACAGCUCUUAG